AGCGCUGUGUAGCUCCGACAUUCAGCACUUAGGUUUACUGAGUUUACUCCUUAUCUUUAGAAGUAAACUAAAACUUAGAGAAAGAUGGUACUGUACCACAAAGAGUUUGAAAAGGCAGGCAAGGUACCUGGUCUUCAGAUCUGGAGAAUUGAGAACAUGGAACUUGUUCCAGUACCAGAUAGUUUACAGGGCAAUUUCUUUGUAGGGGAUGCCUAUCUUGUCCUGUAUACCAUGAAGCAGAAGGAGGCUUGUUUUUACAAUCUGCACUUCUGGCUAGGCAAAGAGUGCACCCAGGAUGAAAGCACCUCAGCAGCUAUCUUCACCGUGCAGAUGGAUGACUAUUUGGGGGGGAAACCCGUGCAAUACAGAGAACUGCAGGGAUAUGAGUCUACUGCAUUUACUGGCUAUUUCAAAGGAGGAAUUAAAUAUAAGGCUGGAGGUGUUGCAUCUGGAUUUCAGCAUGUCGUUACCAAUGACUUGUCGGCUAAAAGACUUCUUCACGUCAAAGGAAGGCGAGUGGUCAGAGCAACUGAAGUCCCCCUUAGCUGGUCCAGUUUCAACAAAGGGGAUUGCUUUAUCGUUGAUCUCGGAGCAGUUGUUUAUCAGUGGUGUGGCUCAAAGUGCAACAAGUUUGAGCGCCUGAAGGCCGCUCAGGUGGCAGCUGGUAUUCGAGAUAAUGAGAGAAAUGGAAGAGCUCAGCUGAUUGUAGUGGAAGAAGGACAUGAAUCCGAAGAAAUGAAAAAGGUAUUGGGUCGAAAACCAGUACUUCCAGAAGGGGAUGACAGUGAUGAUGAAGCGGCAGAUAUCUCCAAUAGGAAACUGGCAAAACUGUACAUGGUUUCUGAUGAAAGUGGAACAAUGCAGGUGACACUAGUAUCAGAAGAAAACCCCUUUAACCAAAGCCUGCUUCUUUCUGAAGAAUGCUUUAUCCUGGACAAUGGAACAAACAGGAAUAUAUUUGUAUGGAAAGGUAAAAACGCUAACCCUGAUGAGAGAAAGACCGCAAUGAAAACAGCCGAAGGAUUUCUUAAACAGAUGGGAUACCCCCCGAAUACUCAGAUCCAAGUUCUUCCAGAAGGUGGUGAGACUCCAAUCUUCAAACAGUUUUUCAAGGACUGGAAGGAGAAGGAUCAGAGUGAAGGCUUUGGCAAGGUUUUUGUCACAGAAAGGAUUGCAAAAAUCGAACAGGUGCAAUUUGAUGCCUCCAAACUGCACCAAUCCCGUCACAUGGCAGCACAAUACAAUAUGGUGGACAAUGGCACAGGAAAAACAGAGAUAUGGCGUGUUGAAAGCACUGGUAGGAACCCUGUUGACCCAAGUACAUAUGGGCAGUUCUAUGGAGGGGAUUGCUACAUCAUCCUGUAUACUUAUACAAAUGGCCAGAUCAUCUACACCUGGCAAGGUUCCAGUGCAACUAAAGAUGAACUCACUGCGUCAGCAUUCUUGACAGUUCAGCUUGAUCGGUCCCUUGGUGGCAAUGCAGUUCAGGUCAGAGUUUCACAAGGCAAGGAGCCACCGCAUUUGCUAAGUUUGUUCCAAGACAAACCUCUCAUUGUUUACAAAAAUGGAACAUCAAGAAAAGAAGGACAGGCCCCUGCACCCCCCACUCGCCUUUUUCAAGUGCGAAGAAACCUAGAAACCAUCACUCGAAUUUCAGAGGUUGACUUGGACGCUAAAUCUCUGAACUCAAAUGAUGCCUAUGCUCUAAAACUCAAAAACACUGGAUAUAUCUGGGUAGGCAAGGGGGCAAGUGGAGAGGAGGAAAAAGGAGCAAACUACUUGACUGAAGUAUUGCACUUCAAAGCAAACAGGAUUAUGGAAGGAGAAGAACCAGCUGGUUUUUGGGAUGCCCUGGGUGGAAAGAAAGAUUACCAAACUUCAGUUAUGCUAGAAAGCAAAACUAUGGAACAUCCCCCACGUCUAUAUGCCUGCUCCAAUAAGACUGGCAGAUUUAUUAUUGAAGAGAUACCCGGAGAAUUCACACAGGAUGAUUUAGUUGAAGAUGAUGUUAUGUUAUUGGAUGUUUGGGAUCAGGUCUUUAUUUGGAUUGGCAAAGAUGCAAAUGAAGUUGAGAAAACCGAAUCUGUUAAAUCGGCAAAGCGCUACAUACAGACCGAUCCAACCAGAAGGGACAAGGGAAUCCCAGUCAUCAUUGUGAAACAAGGACAUGAACCACCUACCUUUACCGGCUGGUUCCUGGCUUGGGACACUUCCAAAUGGGAUACCGACCCCGUCGCCAGAGCCAUGACUGCUCUAAGAGUGGCUUAGAAUACUCUUAGGUGGUAUUGCUGUCGUCUGUUGAAAUGAACACGUGGGGUGCGCUUUCUAGAAUUGAAUGUCUUCUUUCGGUAAAGUUACAAAUGCAUGAAUAUAAAUCAUGAAAUAGUAGAGUAAGAAAAUGUAUACAUCUGAAUUACAUGUUGAGUGACUCAUAUAUUACAGUAUAAUUGUAAGCUGUUCAGUUCAUUCGAGCCAGCAGUUUUGGUGUGCAGUAUUUCUCUUAGCUCUUAAAGUGCCAAUUGUGAUACAGAUUUCUGGUCUGAUACUGAAUGAAAUUAAUGUAAAAGAAACUUACAUUGUGUGAGUUUUACAAGGAUGUGAUUGUUCUGACCUUUGGACCACCUGAUUGUUACAGAGAUCAGACACAUUUGAAUUGUGCAUUUCACAGUAAAUCGUACUAUUUAUUAAAAUAAUGAUAAAAAAUAUGUAAUCAAUAAAAUAUAAAUGCAAAUUAAUAUUAAGAAAAGUGAAUUGCAUCUGUUUGUCUCAAACUAGGGAGUUUGAGGGUCUGAUUAUCAAUUCUAUAUUGAAAUCUACUGUAUGUGUCAGAACGUUUUUAGAUUUUAUUUUCCUUUGCAUUCUGCUUCCUGUUUUACCUUAACAGUCACACAAGUACUUUCAGAAGGCAGCUACACUGCAUGAAAAUUAGGUAAAUAAAGGCAACUGUAGUGUAUCCCACCUCCAACAGAUGGCACUGCAACCACACCUACAUUAAUCCAAUAGGCUGUUGACCUACUUGCUAAGAUAAUGCUCAGAAUGAGAGUUGCUACCCCUGGCAACUGUGCACUUAAUUAACCUGGGUUCUCUCUGGAACCUGUUUCUUUGGUUUCCCCUUAUGGUCAUAUGGCUGGAAGGCACUCAUAUUGUAUGUGCAAUAUUUCACUUCACUGAAAAACAGAAAUGUAGACAUCCUUUGACAGUGUUAAUAUUUGAGGACUAGUAUGACUGUGCUAAUGCUCUAUUUCAUCCAAAUUAUCGAUUGUAUAUCUUAGUUUCAUCAUUACUUAUUGUAUUGUGUUACUGUGUGAAUAAUGGAGUAUAUAGCAAAUUGACAGUUUUCCCUCAUGUAAACAAGAUGAAGAAUCUCUAGAGGUUAAGCUGGUAAAAAAAAAAAAAACACGGUGAAUGCCAGCAGGACAGUAUCUGCCUUACAGUAUACUUUUAUUGAUGCUGAAGCUGAAAACAAAUUUAUUUUUUUUCUUACAAAAAUCUUUGAAAUAUACUUGAAAUAUCUAAAUGUAAUUGUGCAGCAAUGUUAUCCUAGACACAUCUAUUCUGUACAUUUAGCUAUUGUACUGUAUACACAAAAUACGUUUCUCCUGGUAUAAUGUUGCUAUGGUUUCAGCAGUCCAGCUUAUGAUUUUAAAUGUAAACAAUAUGGGUUAUAGGUCACACUGAAUACAUUGAGUCUAGUGGCAUAGGUGUCAAAUUCCAUAAAUUAAGAAUACAAAUAAACUCUUUGACUAGAGCUUGUUAAUUUGUUGACAGGCUGUUACAGGAAGUAAAUCCUCAGCCUUUGACCUCUAACUUCAGUACCUGUCUGUUGUUCCAGAUCUGAAUCAGGCUUUUGAGAUCCCAAAUCAGUUGCCCUCAAACCUCUGAAGGUUGACAAUGUUAAUUAAUAAUAUUUAUUAUACUGUAGAUAUAAAACGCAUUGCAAUUUUUUAAAUGAUAAAGAAGCAGUAAACAUACACACCACAGUGUUCAGCAUGCUACAUUGUGCUAUAGUCUGGCUGGAGCAUUUCAACAUGAUUUUAACAAGCUGAUCAAUAAGGACAGGAGAGAUCAGACUCCUUGAACUCAAAAUUAAAGUGAGACCCCUAAGGUUCUGGCAAUUGAAUGUAUUUUGUGACAUAGUGCAAUCUAUUAGACAGUGGGUGGUACAAAUCAGCAUACAAACAACUACAUCAGGUUUGUUCCUCUGCGAUCGUGGGAAGCGCCCAUUUAGUAGUACGUUAUCAAUGAGUCUUUGGGACAGCAAUCAAUGCAGUGAGUAGAUGCAGUUAACUUCUAUAUGAUUAUACAGAAGCACGUAGUAAUUAUUCCACAGGUGAUGAUUGCAUAGCUCAUGUUUUAAUUUCAUCAUUUACUUCUGAGAUUUUUAAGGGUGAUCUCUA